CCACAACCCCUCCAGAACCCCACGACGAGCUUCCAGCUCCAGCAACCGCCAAGUUCGCAGCUCAAGACUACAGACACAGGCUGUGGGUGCUGAUACUUCCCCCACGCAAUAUCCUGUGUUGGCUUCGGGCCCCAACUUCGUCCCGCGUCACCAUCUAGGACAAGCUCCGUGCUCCUUUGUGCGCAGCCUGCCAUCAUGGACGAAGCUCCCGUCGAGGUAGCCUCCAAGCUCGACGAGCUGGACAACAUGGACGAGAAGGGGCAGACCCAGCUGAUCCUCGCCCAGCUCAUGGAGGGCGGCCAGGAGGACGGCGAGACAUGUGCGGCCCUCGACAAGCUUACCAAGCUGCUCAAUGACGACAUUGCGGCUGCCUCUAAGGGCAAGACACACGAGUCCGUCACCCUCGUGGUCGACGACGACUGCGUCGACACCAUCCUCAGCUAUCUUGACAUGAGACAGGCUGAGGCUGUCCGGGGGCAUGCCACCUUGACCGUCUCGGCCUACCUCAAGGCGGGUGGUGAGAAUGCUGCCAAGGCCAUCCGCCAAUUCUUCUUUGAUCGUGUGGGCCGCGGCACAUAUGACGACUACAUUGUCGCCUUCUGCGUAUCCGCCGCCUUGUUCCCAGUCGCACCGGAUCUCACGGCCGAGAUCUUCUUGACGGAAGGCUUCCUCCCUAGCCUCGGUCAGCUUAUGCGGCGGACGUGGAAGAGCAGGAAAGUCGAGACCGCUUGCCUGGAGAUGCUCAACGCCGCCUCCAUGAACACGGCUUGUCGCGAGGCCAUCUUCAAGUAUUGCGUGGACUGGCUGGAAGAAGUCGUCGACCAGGAUCCCGACGACUUGCCUAAGGCCAUCCACUCUGCCGACCCGGAAGUCGCCGUCACUGGAGGCUCCAUUGCCAUGAGGAGACACUCCGAGGUUGUCCAGAACCUCGCCGCCGUCAUUCUGGCCAAAUUGAGGGCAGUGCCGUCCCAGCAACAGCAGCAAGACCAAGGUGCCAGGAUACAACCUGCCGUCACCACUAUUGAAGACCUCACCAAGAAAUUCACAAACAUGAUUCUCGAGGGCGAUACUCAUGGGCAGCAGCACUCAAUUGAGGGUCUGGCCUACACCACGAUACAGCCCCAUAUCAAGGAGGAGGUGGCAAGUGACGGGAACCUCCUCAAGAAACUCGUCACCGUGCUGCAAGAUGCGCCUCCCCGAUCCCCCCUGAUGUAUGGAACCCUAAGUGUAUUCAACAACCUCACUCGCUACCAGCCAGCCCAAUCUGAGGAACAGAAGAGGAUGCAUCAACUCAAAGCCUACGCCAACGCGGCUGGGAAGAUCCCGCCACCCAAUCCUCUUAACGACGACGAGCACACUUCAGCACGUUGUGUCAAGGUCUUCAAGGCUGGCCUUGUCCCCGUCCUCGUCGGACAGAGCAGACAGGGGUCUGCGGCGUCACUUUCCAUUAUUGUUUCGAUUCUUUACGCGCUUUCGGUCACUUCAUCUUUACGCGGACAGCUUGCACAGCAGGGUGCUGUCCCGCUGCUUAUUGGCGCGCACGCAGCAUUGCCCGAGUCGGAUGCCCAGGGUAAACGGACAGCGGCGCAGGCUUUGGCGCGAAUUCUCAUUAGCAUCAACCCGUCUCUUGUCUUUGGUGGUACCCGAGCUCGACCGCUGAAUUCUGCGAUCCGUCCGCUAGUGACUAUCCUGCCCCAAGACCCUGCCGCGGACACACGGGAUCUGCUACCAACGUUUGAGUCACUCAUGGCCCUGACCAACCUCGCGUCUACAGACGACGAUGCACGGAAUACAAUUAUACGGACAGCAUGGGAUGCGAUUGAGGAGCAGUUGUUGUCGUCAAACACUCGCGUUUCCAAGGCAGCAGUCGAGCUAGUCUGCAACUUGGUGCAGAGUGUCGAGGGCGUCGCCCUGUAUGCGGAGAGCACACCGCAGGCGGCGAACCGGUUGCAUAUCUUACUGGCACUGGCGGAUGCGGAGGAGGAAGGCACCCGCAGCGCAGCCGGGGGGGCGCUUGCCACCUUGACGCCAUAUGAGGAAGUGGUCAGGGGAAUCCUGAAGCGUGAGAAGGGCGUCGAUGCGGUCUUGGGACUUUGUGCAGAGGGGAAUGAGGACCUGCGACAUCGCGGAGCUGUGGCUGUCUACAACAUGGUGGCUCUCGAGGGCGAUGAAGGGAAACGCACACGUGAGAAGAUCCGCCAAGCUCGGGGCGUUGAGAUCCUGACAGAGUGUGCAAAGCAGAGCCGGAGGGCAGAGGUUGUCGAGGUGACCGUGCAGGCUCUCAAGCUGUUGCUGGAAGAUUGAAACACAGCCGGGGUAUCUGUACAACAGACGAGCCGUGCCCUUCCUACUUAUUUACAAAGGCCUCGUGCAUCCGUCAUGCAUCUAUUUCACCCAAAAAGGUGACAAUUUGUGAGUGAGUGCCGGGGUGAGUUGAUGGAGAGUGAGGUAGUGUGGAAAGUGACGGAC